UGUUUUAAUUUAGUAUUUUAUUAACUACUUAACGUAUUGUGUUCUGCAAGCAGUUGCAGUGUAAUCACAGCUCUGCAGCCAGAUAAUACAUAUUUGUUUUGAAUCGAAAAUUAUUAAGUAUGACGAUUUUACAUCAUAAUUAAACGUAUUAUGUCAGAUCUGUGUAUUUGCACCACUGCUAAGGACACGUCCUUAUAGUACUAGCCCCUCCAUGAAGUACCUGUUUAAUAUAAGAAUCUAUUAAAACGAUUGAUUGCUGUAAGACAGCAACUGCAUACUUGUCUAAUCAAGUGUAUGAAAUAUUGGAAGACAGGUUUAUCGAUUCCAGAAUUUCCAGUUUGAAACUGCGUUCAUAGUUAAUGCAAGUAAACAACACGUCUUGGGCGACUCGGUGUCUGUCACCGCCGGCUUUGCUAAGAGUACGACCUAUUUUGCAGUGAAAGAGUCGGUAGAGCGGCACGAAGAGUACCGGCUUGAUCUAGAAUGAUGAGCAUUGCUGUACGCUGAUUGGCUGGCUGAGUUAUGGGGAGGCGGAGAGAUCCAGACCUGUACCGCGCACCCUUUCCUCUCUACACAGUCCGUGUGCAUCACGACACUGGAUUAGUUAUCACUGCUGGAGGGGGUGGAGCCUCCAAGACUGGGAUAAAAAAUGGGGUGCACUUCCUGCGUUUGGAACGCAUAGGGGGGCAGGUGUGUGCAUCGCUUGCUCACUCCCUCGACACAGAGACCCGGGCCACCAUGAGUCUGGCAUUAGGGGGGGAUGUAAUUGCAGCUGGACAGGAUGCCAGCUGUCAGAUUCUGCGUUUCAAAGAAGAGACUGGGAAACCAGAUAUCAAACAGGAGCAUAAAACUCAGGGGAAAGGAGGUGCGAGUGAGCAAGGCCCUCGGAAGAGAAGGGUGGGGGGCAGUCAGCCUGCAGCGGGUGAGGGUGACGGAGUGAACGAGACUCAGAACAGUACGACUCAGAUCUCUGUAGAGAAGCUGGGGGAGGUGCAGUCAGACUUCAGCGACGAUGGGCUGCAGAAAAGCGUGCGCUUCAGUGGAGACCUGAGCUUCCUGGUGACAGGGGGUGCUGACGGGUACAUCCGAGUCUGGGAGUACCCAGCCAUGAAGAAGAAGCUAGAUUUUAAAGCUCAUGAUGGUGAAAUUGAAGACUUAGACAUCAGCCCUUAUAACAAGCAGGUGGUGUCAGUGGGCCGAGACUUUGCUUGUUGCGUGUGGAAGAACGACCAGCUGGCACUGGGACUACACUGGAAUGAAAACAUGCCCAGCAUCCCUGAUAAGAUGUAUCGAUACCAGGCCUGCAGGUUUGGGAAGGUGGAAGAUAACCGGGAGGCUCUGCGUCUCUACACGGUACAGAUCCCACACAAGCGGGACCGCAAACCCCCUCCCUGCUACAUCACCAAGUGGGAUGGUCGGAGCUUCCUGCCCCUCCUCACACAACCUUGUGGGAGUGAGGUCAUAUCGUGUUUGGCAGUCAGUGACUCUGGGACGUUCUUAGGCCUGGGGACAGUGACAGGAUCAGUGGCUAUCUACAUCUCCUUCUCUCUACAGAAACUCUACUAUGUUGAAGAGGCCCACGGCAUUGUGGUCACAGACCUGGCCUUUGUGCCAGAGACGCAGCAUGGCAGAGAGAUUGUUGGGGACAAAGAGGCAGCCAUGUUAAGUGUGGCUGUAGACAGCCGGUGUAAACUGCAUGUUCUACCAAACCGAAGAUCAUUUCCCAUGUGGUUUGUUCUUCUCCUCUGUGCUCUAAUGAUUGUGGCUGUGGUCCUCUUACUACAGUAUGCCUUCCCUGGAUUCAUUUAGGACAAACGGAUGACUCGGUGUGCUUUACCCCAGUUCAUCAGGGCAGUGCGUUCUAUAACACCUUGCUUUUAUCUGUUCCAAGAUGUGUCCCAAGCCCACACUUGCCAUGUGAUGCAGUUGGUGUGAAACAACUCACCUCACACUGCCACUGAUUCAACACAUGUUCUUGUAGAAAAUAGGAUGACAUUCUCUGAUGGGCAAAAGGCUUCCUGCGAAUGAAGAAAUCAUCAAGACCAUGAAGACCAUUGUUCAGUCAACAAUGCAGUGCACUAUUAAUGAUUUUUUUUAUUUCGAUUUUUAGAACCCACAUAACAAGUAAUGCUAUUUCUCUUAAUACUGGACAGCUUCCAUGUUCAGUAUCCACCUCCAGCAACCCCAUCGAUUAUGGUGUGUUGUUUCAAAAUAGACAGGGUCGACUAGUCCCGUUCCCUUCUGAUAAAACCCUUUAAUUAAAAGACAUCCAUGUCCUACACAAACAUUGUAAUUGUAAAGUUAUAAUUUAUUUUUAGUAACUGUUGUGUGUCUUGAAGACAUCUUGUUAAUGGAAUUCUUUUUUUUAAUUGUCUAUGAUAAACUUGGUGGCUUGUGAUAUCCAGUCAUAGAAACACAUGUCUUGGGGAACUAUUACACUGAGGAGGGAGGAAUCCAGUUCUUAUUGGUGGGAGAUGUGUGUUCUCGUCUUCUUGGCCACUGCUCUGCCUUGCUGCAUAGAGGUGUUGGUAGAAGAUAGUGAGUUCAUGGUUUUGAUUCUGUUCGCCAUGUUUUCAGGAAUCCUUGCAGACAUUAGUGCUGAGUCCAUGUGCAGUGUUCUUCAGUUCUGUAUUUGUAAUAUUUACCUCCCUUUACUGCACCUGUACAAAGCAAUUAUGUAUUUGUAAGGAUCCUGCAAACAUGAAAGACAGAUGAUUCAAUCACACCCUUCAACUUGCCUACUGACAGCCAUCUAUGCUGCAAGUUCAUGGGAGGACCUGCAAACUAACUUUGGGGUCUCAUUUCCCUCAGAGUUAGUUUGUGACACAGGAUCCAGUAAAUAUUUUUGCGAAAAGUUAAUGUAUUUUGGUUCAUAAUUGAUUUUAACGUUGACAAAACCUUCUCAUUAAAAUCUUAUAUAAUAGAAAUAGUUUUAUUAUUUUGUUUCUUUUUUUAGUAACACAGGAUUUAGGAACUAGGAUCUAGGAACAGUUGACAGGUGGCAAUGACUUUAGAAACUGCAGCUGCUCAGUGGUAUUCAUUCCCAGCUGUAGUGGGAAACUAAACGGUAUGAGAAUGUGAGGACUAGAAGAUUCUCACACCAAAUCCAGUUCCUACUUUCAAAAGGUCAGGGGGAGGCAAUGGGAACUUUUCUGUAUGGGAGGCAGGAGCCAGAGGACAAUGACGGAGGGAGGAGGGGGGUUCCAAAUUAUAUAUAGGCGCGGUUUGGGUUUGACCCCAAUUUUUUCCCUCUCCCUGCACCAAGAUGGUUUGAGAACGUGGUAGAACAUGCUAGGGUGACUAAGUAUACCUGCAUUUUGUAAAUGUCAAAAUUUUUCACGUUUUCAUCUUCUAUUGGUUUCAGUGGUAUUUCCACUUUUUUUGAUAGAUGUCUAAUACAAAAAAGAACGUGGCCAUCUGUCAGACCCUAUUCUUUUGUCAUCAGAGAAAAUAAUUUUUUCACUAGGCAGCCAUCUUGUUUGUUUGUUUUUUUUUCCCUCCAAAUAUUGUAAGCCAUUAGCUGGGCUGCAAUAGAUAAAUAGACAGACAGACCCACUGCUUGUAAGGGGUAGGAGGGAAUGCAGAGUUAUGGUUAAAAACCAUAACAUCACAUUUUCCUACUUUUGUCGUUUUAAUAUCAACCCUUUUUUGCAGUGUGUGUGUGUGAUAUAUAAAUUAGCGCUGCAUGAACGCUAUUGAUUGUUGCUUCGAUUAUUCUGAUAAAUACCAACACGUCACUCAAUAGCUAGUAAGUUGAACCAUUAACAGGUUUGUAUGUACCCAGUACAAUACAUGUCUCGAGAUGACUAUA